AUGGGGCCCGGACCUAGGCCUGAGAGAGUUCCCGCCAAAGCCAUAACAACCUAUGCACCUCGUGACCGAAAUUUCUUUUUAGAUCUCGUCAAGAAGGCGACAAUUCUCUCUCACCUUAACCAAACACACGCCCAAAUCAUCCUCAAUGGUCUUCACAACGACCUCAUAACGAUUACGAAACUGACCCACAAGCACUCGGACCUCAAAGCUAUAGAUCAAGCCAGCCUUCUCUGUUCGACACUCACAAAACCUGACCUUUUCCUUUACAAUGUCCUCGUCAGAGGUUUUUCUCACAACAACUCACCCCUUAAAGCUCUCUCUUUAUACCACCAUAUACGUGAAAACACCACACUUAAACCCGAUAAUUUUACAUAUGCGUUCAUUAUAUCGGCUUUUUCUUCGUUUGGGUCUGAAAAAGUUGGGAUUGUGCUUCAUGGGCAUGUAAUAGUUGACGGGUAUGGCUCAGAUUUGUUUGUUGGGUCUGCUUUGGUGGACAUGUAUUUUAGUUUUUCUAAGGUUGGCCAUGCGUAUAAGGUGUUUGAAGGAAUUUCUGAGCCGGACAGGGUUCUUUGGAAUACAAUGAUUUCUGGGUUGGUAAGGAAUUGUUGUUUUGAGGAGUCGAUUCUGGUCUUCCAAGAUAUGGUUGUUAGAGGGGUCAAAUUUGAUUCGACUGCAUUGGCUGCAGUGCUUCCUGCUGUAGCUGAGUUGCAAGAAUUGAGAGUGGGGAUGAUGGUUCAAUGCUUGGCUGUGAAGAUUGGAUGUCAUUAUCAUGAUUAUGUUCUUACGGGUUUGAUUUCUUUUUAUGCGAAAUGUGGGGAGAUAUCAACUGCUAAGUUGUUGUUUGGUCAGAUUGGGAAACCGGAUUUAAUAUCAUGUAAUGCUAUGAUUGCUGGGUUUUCUUGUAAUAAUGAGACAGAUUCUUCAGUGAGGCUCUUUAAAGGAUUACUUGUUUUAGGGGAGAAAGUUAAUUCAAGUACCAUUGUAGGUUUGGUUCCUGUGUCUUCCCCUUUUGGCCAUUUAGAUCUUACGCUCUCAAUCCAUAGUUUUUGUUUGAAAUCUGGUAUCGUGUUGAAUCCUUCUGUUUCUACAGCGUUGACUACUGUAUACAGUAGGCUGAAUGAAAUUGAAUCUGCAACACAGCUUUUCUAUGAAUCCCCAGAGAAAAGCUUGGCAUCUUGGAAUGCAAUGAUAUCAGGCUAUGCCCAAAAUGGGCAAACAGAGUUAGCAAUAUCUCUUUUCCGGGAAAUGCAAAUGUUUGAAAUCCGUCCAAAUCCUGUCACAAUCACAAGUAUUCUUUCAGCAUGUGCUCAGCUUGGAGCUCUAACUCUAGGUAAAUGGGUCCAUGACUUGAUAAACCAAGAGAGUUUCGAGUCCAACAUUUAUGUGGCAACUGCUUUGAUUGACAUGUAUGCCAAGUGUGGAAGCAUUUGUGAGGCUCGUCGAUUAUUUGACAUCAUGCCGGAGAAGAAUGUGGUGACCUGGAAUGCCAUGAUUUCUGGUUAUGGCCUACAUGGACUUGGGCAUGAAGCACUAAAGCUUUUCACUGAGAUGGUGAACUCUAGGAUUGCCCCAACGGGGGUUACUUUCGUUUCCAUAUUAUAUGCUUGCAGUCAUGCUGGCUUGGUGCGAGAAGGAGAGGAACUUUUCCAUUCGAUGGUCCAUGAUCAUGGCUUUGAGCCCUUGGCCGAGCAUUAUGCCUGCAUGGUAGACCUCCUUGGUCGUGCUGGAAAAUUACAGAAGGCUAUGAAAUUCAUAAAAGGAAUGCCUGUUGAGCCAGGUCCUGCUGUGUGGGGCACAUUACUUGGUGCUUGUAUGAUUCACAAGGACACAAACCUAGCACGCUUGGCUUCUGAUAAGUUGUUCCAAUUGGACCCUGAAAAUGUAGGAUACUAUGUCCUUCUAUCUAACAUUUACUCUGCAGAUCAAAAUUAUCCUCAGGCUGCUUCAGUUCGCCAAGUGGUUAAAAAGAGAAAUCUGGCAAAGACCCCUGGGUGCACACUGAUUGAGGUUCAUGGGAGCCCACAUGUUUUUACAUCCAGUGACCAAUCUCACCCACAAGCAGAGGCAAUCUAUGCAAUGCUGGAAAAGGUGAUGGAAAAGAUGAGGGGAGCUGGAUUUCAGACAGAGACUAUGACAGCAUUGCAUGAUGUGGAGGAAGAAGAGAAGGAGCUAAUGGUGAAGGUUCAUAGUGAGAAGUUGGCCAUUGCUUUCGGUCUUAUAAAUUCUAAACCAGGAACCGAGAUCAGGAUCAUCAAAAACCUUCGAGUUUGUUUAGACUGCCAUAAUUUUACUAAAUUCGUUUCCAAGAUCACAGAAAGAGUUAUUGUUGUGAGAGAUGCAAAUAGGUUUCAUCAUUUUAAAGAUGGUAUGUGUUCUUGCAGAGACUAUUGGUGA